AUGAAGGUCCUCCAGUCCAUCCUUGUUGCCAUGUGUUUCGGCCCUGCGGCUCUCUCUGCCCCGACAUCUCCACCCCAGAUCAAGGGUAGAUCCUUCAAGAUUGAAAAAGUCCGUCGUGCAGAGACUCUCUCCGGUCCCAGUGCCUUGCGCAGAGCGUAUGUCAAGUACGGCAUUGUUCCGACAAACCUGGGCAUUGACCUGUCGGAUUUCGAGCCGAUUGUGAAAACCGCCGUUGCGAAUACCACCAACGAUGUCGCCGAACCAGAACAGACUGGUGGUGUUAGUGCCACCUCGGUGGAAGGAGACGCUGCAUUUGUUUCUCCCAUGACGAUUGGUGGACAGCAACUGACCGUCACCUUUGAUACGGGCUCAUCGGAUCUAUGGGUAAUGAAUUCCCAACUCCCCGCGGAAUACACCCAAGGCCGCACGGUCUUUAACUCAUCCAAGUCCAGCACCUUCAAGAAGCUCGAGGGCUACACCUUCAACAUCACCUACGGCGACGACUCCUACGCGUACGGCGGCGUUGGAACCGACACCGUCGACGUUGGCGGCGUCACAGUGACAGGACAAGCCAUCGGCGUCCCAACGACCGUGGCCUCCUCGUUCGCGCAAGACACUUACACCAAUGGACUGGUCGGCCUCGGCUUCACCUCCCUCAACACCGUGCAGCCACAACAACAGCCGUCGUUCUUCGCGAAGAUCGCCGGCGUCCUCGACGAGCCCGUGCUGGGUUCCUCCCUGAAAAGCGACGGGGUCGGCGAGUUCGAGUUUGGAAUCAUCGACCGGUCCAAGUACAAGGGCGACAUGGUGAACGCGAGCGUCGACUCCUCGAGCGGGUUCUGGCAGUUUGAGUCGGCGUAUUACCGCGUUGGCGAUGGCGAUCUUACCAAGAACACCCAGGCUACUGCUACGAUCGCGGACACAGGGACGUCCCUGAUGCUGCUGGACCAGCACAUUGUGGACGCCUACUAUAGCCAAGUCAAGGGGGCCGUAUUCGUCACCAGCGCCAGCGGCUACAUCUACCCUUGCAGCGCGGAGCUGCCGAACUUUUCGAUUGCCGUAGGGCCGGCCCAUCUAGCGACUGUUCCGGGGAAAAUGAUUGAUUUUGCACAGGUUGGGACGAACACGACAACUGGAGAGAAAGUCUGCUACGGAGGCAUUCAGUCCAACCAAGGAAUCUCCAUGCAAAUCCUGGGCGACACAUUCCUGAAAGCGUUCUAUGUCGUGUUUGAUCUGCGCGGACCGUCGAUUGGAGUUGCGGCUCCUGUUUGA